GCCCUCGUAGUGCGGGGCAGUACUUGCUGGCUUGCAACUUUCUCUCUCUUCCUCCCUGCCCUCCCCUUACUUUCUUUUACGGGGCAAGAGUGAUGUCACAUGAGGAUGCGGGUGUCUGGCAAGGUGCGAUAGGUUUUUGGUGAGGGGCAUUCUCCAUGACCAGCGUUGCCCAGCAAGAGGCGCGGAGCUGCAAAACAUGCUAAUCACCACUAUCACCACCACCACCAGAAGUUCUGUCGCACUCUCUCCCAGUUCUGCUCUGAUUUCGGGCUACUGUUUCAUGCUCGAAACCCUGAUCUGCCUUGCUAAAAUAAGCUUGUGCCACCAUGCCGAAGAAAGAAAAACAAGAAGAGCGGUAUUUUUAGUGGCAUUAAUUUUGACCACGUGCCCCGAAGGUAAACCGGAUGGCCAUUGCGCAAAGGUUGCUCAUCAGUAUGUCCAGCGAGGCCAAUACGCGCUGGUCGCGGACUGCAAUUCUUCUUCUGGGCUUCCUUGCUGGGACUGUGUCAUCAUACUCGAUUCCAAGUAGGACUAACGUAACUUCACUGGAGAAACGAUGGGAGACCCUCUUCUCCCGGUCCGUACUGGGCAUAUCGGGAGAGAAAUCGGACUUGAACUGGGAGAGUGACUAUUUACUGGGCAUCAAAAGAGUGCGAAGGCUGUACUGCAACGUGGGCAUCGGGUUUCACCUUCAGAUCCUCCCCGACGGCAGGAUAAACGGUGUACAUAAUGAAAAUCAGUACAGUUUGAUAGAGAUUUCUACGGUGGAACGAGGAGUGGUUAGUCUGUACGGUGUGAAAAGCGAGGUCUUUGUCGCAAUGAACAGCAAAGGAAGGUUAUACGGAACGCCCACUUUUCAGCAUGAGUGCAAGUUCAAGGAGGCCUUGCUGCCAAACAACUACAACGCCUAUGAGUCUUUCGUUUACAGGGGAUUCUACAUUGCCCUCAGCAGGCAUGGCCGAGCGAAGAGAGGCAACAAAGCCAGCCCCUCUAUGACAGUCACGCACUUCCUCCCUCGAAUAUGAGUGAGACCGAUAACUGCGCUCUUGUUUUUGCACACAUGGAUUCUCCCUCAGACAGGAGAUUUGAAAUCAUAUAUAAGCCUACAUACCUACAAAAACUAAAGGGAGUGCAAGAACACCACUACAAAAGUAUUUAU